GUUACUCAGGGGCCAUUUUGCUGCGUCUAACAGAACAAAACGGCAGAAAGAGCGAGUAUAAAAUAUUAUCGUUUUACGGACAGGACAUGCAUUUUUACGUAUUUUAUACAUAUCCGGUGGAAGAUAUUUACAGGACGUACGUAAGUUAGUAAAGUGAGUCGUUUGACCUUUAAGCAAGCAUUACUAAUUUAAUGCACGUGUCGGCUCUAAUAUUUUGAUUUACGCCAAAACUUAAUUUAGCGUCUUUGUCAAGGGACGUAAAAACGUUCAGUUGUUUGCUUACAUUUCUCAAUGACUGGUACAGCAGACAUUUUCAGAAGUCAUCAGACUAAACUGUGGGACAUUUUGUGGGUGGAUGUGUAAGAGAUCAGACUGCUCUGGUCCACAUCUGCAGCUCCAAUAUGGAGGACACAGAGGCAUCCAGUGACUCUUGUUCAGGAAUCAGCUCAGUCCGUCAUAUGAGAGCAGAAUCAGAAGAUCCCAGCUAUGUGUUAAUGAAGAGCGAUCAGUGUAUAGAUCCACCACUAUGUUUUAAUGAGGGACACACAUCAUCUGGCAGCAGUUCUGUCCAACAUAAAGAAACAGGAUCAGCAGAGUCCAGCUGCGUGUCUAUGAAGAGCAAUCAGUUUAACAUUGGCAGCAGUUCUGGCCUUCAUGAAAGAACAGAGUCACGAGAGCUCAGCUGUGUGUCUAUGAAGAGCCAUCAGUCUAUGGAUCAUCCACCUCAUUUAAACGAUGGAAACAAAACAUCUGCCAACAGAAAAAGAAAACACAUCGUAAGGGAGCAUCUCUUCCAGUUACCAAACCCCAGCCGUGUACCUGUAAAAAGUGACUGUUCAGUGGAUUACCAAAUAUGUUUCAAUGCUGGAAACAUUGAUCACCGUCAUGAAGUCCUCAACACAUUUAGAUCAAAUAUGAAGAACAAGUUUCAAUGUCUGUAUGAGGGAACAGCAAAGCAAGGAAACUCAACACUCCUGAAUGAGAUCUACACAGAGCUCUACAUCACAGAGAGUGAGAGUGGAGAGAUCAGUAAUGAACAUGAGUUGAGACAGAUUGAGACACAAUCUAGGAGAACAGCAACAGAGGACACACCGAUCAAAUGCAGUGAGAUCUUUAGAUCUUUACCUGGACAAGACAAAGACAUCAGAACUGUGCUGACAAAGGGAGUCGCUGGCAUUGGAAAAACGGUCUCUGUGCAGAAGUUCAUCCUGGACUGGGCUGAAGGGAAAGAGAAUCAGGACGUCCAGCUCAUAUUUCCACUUCCUUUCAGAGAACUCAAUCUGAUGAAGGACAAAAUACUCAGUCUUUCCAAUCUUAUUUAUGUCUUUUACCCUGAAACAAAAGAAAUGGACAUUUUCAGUGAUGAAUAUAAAGUGUUGUUCAUCUUUGAUGGUCUGGACGAGUGUCGUCUGUCUCUGGAUUUUCAAAGAGAUGUGAGGAUGUAUGAUGUAAGUGAUUCAGCUUCAGUGGAUGUGCUCCUGAUGAACCUGAUUGUGGGGAAUCUGCUUCCCUCUGCUCUCAUCUGGAUCACCUCCAGACCAGCAGCAGCUGAUCUCAUCCCCUCCGAGUGUGUCCAUCGAGUGACAGAAGUACGAGGAUUCAAUGAUCCGCAGAAAGAGGAAUACUUCAGGAAGAGAAUCAUUGAUCAGAGUCUGGCCGACAGAAUCAUCUCACACCUGAAGUCAUCAAGGAGCCUCUUCAUCAUGUGCCACAUCCCAGUGUUCUGCUGGAUCUCAGCCACUGUUCUAGAGAAGAUGCUGAGUCAAGCAGAGAGUGGAGAGAUUCCCAAGACUCUCACUCAAAUGUACACACACUUCCUGAUGGCACAGAUUAACAUCAAAGACGCAAAGUACAACGAGAAGAAGGACACAGACAAAAAGAUGAUUUUCAAACUAGGUAAACUGGCAUACAAACAACUGGACAAAGGCAAUGUGAUCUUCUAUGAGGAAGACCUGAGAGAGUGUGGCAUUGAUGUGACAGAAGCAUCAGUGUACUCAGGAUUGUGUACUCAGAUCUUCAGAGAGGAGUUUGGCUCCUAUCAGGGAAAAGUCUUCUGCUUUGUUCAUCUGAGCAUUCAAGAACAUUUAGCGGCUCUAUAUGUGCACCUCUCCUGUACAAUCCACAACAGAAAUGUGUUUGAGCAGGUCACCAAACGUAGUUUGGUGUCUAAAAUUAAGGACUGGUUUCAAAUCAGUUCAUCAAAACAUGUUUCAUUAUUUGAGCUGCAUCAGAGAGCUGUGGAUAACGCACUACAGAGUAAAAAUGGAAAUCUGGACUUUUUCCUGCGGUUUCUUCUGGGUCUGUCAGUGCAUUCUCAUCAGAUUCUACUUCAAGGACUAAUAAAAGAGACAAUAGGCAGCUCUGACAGCAAUGAGGUAACCAUUGAGUAUAUCAAGAAGAAGAUCAGGAGCAGUCACUCUCCAAAUAAAUUCAUUAAUCUGUUUCACUGUCUGAAUGAACUGGGUGAUCAUUCACUAGUGGAGGAAAUACAGCAAUAUAUGAGAUCUGGAACAAUAAAGCAAGUCAAACUCUCUUCAUCUCAGUGGUCAGCUGUAGCUUUUGUGUUGUUGACAUCAGAGAAGGCGCUGGAUAUGUUUGAUCUCAAGACAUUUGUUGUAGGAAGCAGUAAAGCUGAAAAUAUGAAAGUUUUUCAGAAGCUGCUGCCUGUGAUUAAAGAAUCCAGAUCAGUUCACAUAAGUGAUUGUGGUCUCACAGAUGAAGGUUGUGCUGCUCUCGCUUCAGCUCUGAGAUCAAACAUUUCAAACCUGAGAGAACUGAAUCUAUCUUGGAAUAAACUAGGAAGUUCUGGUGUGGCACUUCUCUGUUCUGUACUCAAGAAUCCUCAAUGCAAACUGGAGAAACUGUGGCUGUGGGAAUGCGGCAUCACAGCUGAAGGUUGUGCUGCUCUGGCUUUGUUUCUGAGAUCAAACCCAUCACACCUUAGAGAACUAGUUCUUUCUUGGAAUAAUCUACGAGAUUUGGGCGUGAGGCUUCUUUGUACGGGACUUAAAGACCCUCACUGUAAACUGAAGAAACUGUGGUUAAGAGAAUGCGGUGUCACAGAAGAAGGUUGUGCUGCUCUAGCUUCAGCUCUCAGGUCAAAUCCUUCAUACCUGAGACAUCUUAGUCUAUCUGAGAAUAACCUAGGAUGCUCCGAAGUGCAGUUACUUUGUGAUCUAAAGGAUGAUCCAGCUUAUAAACUGGUGGAACUUUACUAUUGACUCUAAGUUUCAACAGAGACUGAAGACAGACAGUGAUCACUGCGAUUUGUGACUUUGCAAUGUAAUUUUUCUCUAUUCUUCUAAAAUAAGAGUGUAAUACUUUAUAAACACUGUCUAUACAACUGAGGUAUAGAUGAAACCGUUCUUGACUUGGGUUACUGAGAGGAGGAAUUGCUUUUCUUAUGCCUUAGCAGCAGAGGGAGACAAACACUACAAAUAAUAUCAGUAUUUGUUUUACUGUCAAUUCAUGAGUGAUAAUCAAAAAAAAUAUACAGUGCCAUUACAGUUUAUGCAUUUAAAGAAUCAGAAAAGCUGUUCAUAUGCACUAUUAUUGAAAUUAGUGUAACUAGAAAUGUUACAGAUGAAAGUUUGAUCUCUUUCCAGGUCAGUCUCAAUGAGUUUUGACAAUUUCAUAAUAGUUUGCAUAAUUUAUGACUUAUAUUAGUUAACGAAAAAUGUACACCUUAGAGCUACAGCUGAAUAUAUUUCACAAAUGAAUCUCCAUUGCAACACUCCAAUUAAUAAGAACCCAUUUGUCACAAUAAUUACAUUCCUCCCCACUUAUCUAAAUCCAUCUGUUAAGGUAAAAUACUGUUGUCAUAGUAUUUUAUUGUCGUAGUAUUUUAGUAAAAAAUACAUUCAAGGGGCCUUGUUGUUCCCCACUAUAGAGAACCAUUAAAACCUGCAGAAAGAAGAAGAGCAGGCGCACAAUUUAUAAGCUAAAAAACUAAAAACCUCACAUCACACAUGCAGAGAAAGAUACAAAGAGUUUGAUUAUUCCAGACGUUACAAGCACUACAAUACAGAGAGCCGCUCUGAGGAGGAGACAGCUGUGCUGCAGCACAAGGUCAUAGAUCCAUAAUCCUGCGCUGCGCGACGCUAGAUUAAAAACUCCCAGUUUUGAUUAAGAAAGCAGGGUUAGAGGAUUACGGUCCAGUGAACAAAAAUGAAAGCAGUUUUAAACUCAAUCCCGGAGUUCAUCAAAAAUACAAACCUCAGACUGUCAUCUCAACCCGCAGAUUAAUGCAAAAGCUUCUUUCAAGCUUCUGUGCAGCUCAUACUUUCAUUCAUCAGAAGAGAUGAUAUGUGACAGUGACUACAAAAAAAUAGUCUGAAUUAUGAGAUAAAAAGCCAUUGUGACAAAGUCAAAUUUCAACAAUUUAUCUCAUGAAUACAAAUUAAGGUAAUGUCAAAAUAGGAUUUUUUUUGUUUUUGUCAUCAUGUAGUCUUUUUUAGUCAAUCAUUUUCAAUUUGUAAUUUGUCAAUUUUAAGCUAUGGCAGUUAUGACUUUUUAAUCUGUAUUUUUUUUAUUAUUUUACUUUAAACUCGCAAUUACAGCAGUAUGUCAUAACUUUAAAUUAUGACCAGAUUGUAGUAUCAAGUAAUUUUGACUGAUUAUAUAAUAUUUUGACUCUAUUAUGACUUGAUCACAUAAUUAUUUACCAAAGCAAUACUAUACAAAGUAGACAAAAAUGUUUGACAAGAUUGUGCAUCUAUAUUUGCAAUUUCCUUUUUUUGUUUGUCUUUUGUUUUGUC